AUGGAUGGUGUGUACCUGGGCUCUGUGCCUCCUGCCUGCGUCCGGCCGGGCGUCUGGCCGCCUGUGUCCUCCUCCCCCCCGCCGAAUCUUCGGGUCGCUGGACUCCGGUUCCGUUCCUGGCACCCCCGCAACACCCCCCCAGAACAGGGUCAUGAAAAGGAGAAAGGUUCCACCUUCCUGCAGCUGGGCUCGUCCACCGAGCAGCAGCUUCAGGUCAUCUUCGAGGUGCUGGAGGAAUACGACUGGACGUCCUUUGUAGCCGUCACCACGCGUGCCCCUGGCCACCGGGCCUUCCUGUCCUACAUCGAGGUGCUCACUGAUGGCAGCCUGGUGGGCUGGGAGCACCGUGGGGCAUUGACGCUGGACCCUGGGGCUGGCGAGGCCGUGCUGGGAGCCCAGCUCCGCAGUGUCAGUGCCCAGAUCCGCCUGCUCUUCUGUGCCCGUGAGGAGGCCGAGCCCGUGUUCCGGGCAGCCGAGGAGGCUGGCCUCACUGGGCCUGGCUACGUCUGGUUUAUGGUGGGGCCCCAGCUGGCUGGAGGCGGGGGCUCAGGUGCCCCCGGGGAGCCACCUCUUCUGCCAGGAGGCGCCCCACUGCCUGCUGGGCUGUUUGCAGUGCGCUCGGCAGGCUGGCGGGAUGACCUGGCCCGGCGUGUGGCAGCUGGUGUGGCCGUCGUGGCCAGAGGUGCCCAGGCCUUGCUGCGUGACUAUGGCUUCCUGCCUGAACUUGGCCAUGACUGUCGCGCCCAGAACCGCACCCAUCGAGGGGAGAGUCUACACAGGUACUUCAUGAAUAUCACCUGGGACAACCGGGACUACUCCUUCAAUGAGGACGGCUUCCUUGUGAACCCCUCCCUGGUGGUCAUCUCCCUUACCCGAGACAGGACGUGGGAGGUGGUGGGCAGCUGGGAGCAGCAGACUCUCCGCCUCAAGUACCCGCUGUGGUCGCGCUAUGGCCGCUUCCUACAGCCAGUGGAUGAUACGCAGCACCUCACGGUGGCCACGCUGGAAGAGCGGCCCUUCGUCAUCGUGGAGCCCGCCGACCCCAUCAGUGGCACUUGCAUCCGAGACUCUGUGCCCUGCCGGAGCCAGCUCAACCGCACCCACAGCCCUCCGCCCGACGCCCCCCGCCCGGAAAAGCGCUGCUGCAAGGGUUUCUGCAUCGACAUUCUGAAGCGGCUGGCGCAGACCAUCGGCUUCAGUUACGACCUCUACCUGGUCACCAACGGCAAGCACGGCAAAAAGAUAGACGGCGUCUGGAACGGCAUGAUCGGGGAGGUGUUCUACCAGCGCGCAGACAUGGCCAUUGGCUCCCUCACCAUCAACGAGGAGCGGUCCGAAAUCGUGGAUUUCUCUGUGCCCUUCGUAGAGACCGGCAUCAGCGUCAUGGUGGCGCGGAGCAAUGGCACAGUGUCGCCCUCAGCCUUCCUCGAGCCAUACAGCCCUGCCGUGUGGGUGAUGAUGUUCGUCAUGUGCCUCACUGUGGUCGCGGUCACUGUUUUCAUCUUCGAGUACCUCAGUCCCGUCGGCUACAACCGCAGCCUGGCCACGGGCAAACGCCCUGGUGGCUCAACCUUCACCAUUGGGAAAUCCAUCUGGCUGCUCUGGGCCCUGGUGUUCAAUAACUCGGUGCCUGUGGAGAACCCCCGGGGGACCACCAGCAAAAUCAUGGUGUUGGUGUGGGCCUUCUUCGCCGUCAUCUUCCUCGCCAGCUACACAGCCAACCUGGCCGCCUUCAUGAUCCAGGAGGAGUACGUGGACACCGUGUCUGGGCUCAGUGACCGAAAGUUCCAGCGGCCCCAGGAGCAGUACCCGCCCCUGAAGUUCGGGACGGUGCCCAACGGGUCCACGGAGAAGAACAUCCGCAGCAACUACCCCGACAUGCACAGUUACAUGGUGCGCUACAACCAGCCCCGCGUAGAGGAAGCGCUCACUCAGCUCAAGGCAGGGAAGCUGGACGCCUUCAUCUAUGACGCGGCUGUGCUCAACUACAUGGCCCGCAAAGAUGAGGGCUGCAAGCUCGUCACCAUUGGCUCGGGCAAGGUCUUUGCCACCACGGGCUAUGGCAUCGCCUUGCACAAGGGUUCCCGCUGGAAGCGGCCCAUUGAUCUGGCACUGCUGCAGUUCCUGGGGGAUGAUGAGAUCGAGAUGCUGGAACGGCUGUGGCUCUCCGGAAUCUGCCACAAUGACAAGAUCGAGGUUAUGAGCAGCAAGCUGGACAUCGACAACAUGGCAGGCGUCUUCUACAUGCUCCUGGUGGCCAUGGGCCUCUCUCUGCUGGUCUUCGCCUGGGAGCACCUGGUGUACUGGCGCCUGCGGCAUUGCCUGGGGCCUACCCACCGCAUGGAUUUCCUGCUGGCCUUUUCCAGGGGCAUGUACAGCUGCUGCAGCGCAGAGGCUGCGCCGCCGCCCGCCAAACCCCCGCCACCGCCGCAGCCGCUGCCCAGCCCUGCAUACCCAACGGCGAGGCCUCCGCCGGGCCCCGCGCCCUUCGUGCCGCGCGAGCGCGCAGCCGUGGACCGCUGGCGCCGCGCCAAAGGACACGCCCCCCAACGAAGCCCCGCCUCCACUGCCCCAGCGUUGAUCCCAACCUCCAUCAAGCCAAAACUUACCACCCUGUCGCAACUCACGACCAGCCCCAGGUGCCACCGGCCAUAUCCUCUCCAAAUCCAACCCUUUCAGUAAAGACGAAGCAGACCCUACCCCACCCCACCCCGCCCCAAAACCUCCACCUCCCAGAUCUCCAGCCGGGUCUGGAGCUGGGUUGUGGAAGGGAGGAGUCUGGGAGUCCACACUCACUACCAACCUCUUUUCCCUCUCUCCUGUACCACAUUGCAGUGUUUGGAAUAAACCCAUGUUUUUAUGCCUCCUCAA